AUGAACAUUUGCAAGCGACUAGCAGGGAAUCCGAACUACAGGCGCACGGCCGCUCGAAGCAGAAGCGCGAGCGAGGACACAGCAGCUGCUUUGUUUGAUAACGUCCGAACAAAUCCGCGCUACGACAGGGACGCCAUCGCUCGAAUACCAAGGGCUCUCCGCAGUCGCCUGCGACCGCUCCUGGACUCGGGGUGCCUGGUCCUGCAGACACCUGCGCGAGCGAGGGACGAAGCGGCAAGGAGAGGGCGCCACAAUGGGGACAACUUCUUCGUUCUUUUUGAGGCUGUGGUGGCCUCAAGGUUGGCACACUGGCACAAAGGCAUCUACCUUCUGGCCGCCAAGUGGGAGCGGCUGGGAUCCGACGGUAGCGACGCCCUGGUGGGCGUGAACCUAGCAGGACAACGCACAGUACCCCGUCACUCUGCUGACAUCCGGCAACUUCAGGCGCAGCUGCCAGGGAAGCCGGUGCAGUGCAUUGUUGGCGGCCCGGUUGGGCCGGACAGGUUGCUGGCGCUCGUUCCUUUCGAGGGCGAGCUCCUUCAGCCUCUGCCGCGGCUCGUGCACAGUGUUGAAGGUUGGCUGUCAGGCCUUACUCCGAAGCCCAGAUGCAUCGGUCGGAACUCCGUAAUGAUCGUGUUCUCAUGGAGACGACCCCUCUUGCAAUGGAUGACUGUGCACAUGGUACUCGUAGUGUCUGCUGAGAGGAGUCUUGCCUCCUUGGAGGAAGAUGCCCGCCGCAUAGUGCAGGCCGUCGGUGAGGACGAAAUGGCAAAGGUUUGGCCGAAAGAGCGUCCAGCUCCCGCUUGCUUGCAGAAAUGUGGCAAAGGCUGCUUCUGCAUGGCAGCGAAGCACUUCGACGACAUUUUCUACUGCGACUGCACGGGGCGCAAUGCGGAGAAUGAGAAGGUUUAUCGGCAGGAGUUCACCUACGCAGAUCUGAACAAGCAUCCCGACAAGAAGGGCAAAGUGGAUUCUGCGUGGCAGCAUGACAAGUGCCUGCCCUCCGAGGGUGCUCCCGGUCCCUGCGGCGCCCUCUUCGCAGAGCUUCGAGAUGUGUUGCAGGUUCUCUCAGAGCAGACGAAUCUUCGUCCGCUCGGUGCCGCUGUCUUCCAGGGCCAUGCCGUUUGGAGCUCGGACCAGCUCUUGUCAGAGGUGGCUCGAGGAAGCUGGGGCUUGGCCCGGGCUCAUGGCAGCGACCUCUCAGUUCCCGAGGGAGACUCCGAGGAACGCUGGUCCACACUUUGGCAGCAGCGACAAGUUGUUCCGAGAACUUCCGACGUGCGGGACCCCGAUCACAUGAAGUGA